AUGUCAGAUGUGGUAUUUGGAUUUUUUGCCUGCAUAGCAUUUAUUGUUAUAGUGCUCUUUAAUGUUGGAGCCUUCACACCAAACUGGCUAACUGUGCACGAAACACCAGUAAGCUUUUCCACGCCUUCGUUUAACUGUUCCACGCCUUCGGUCAACUGUUCCAACCCUUCAGUCAAUAUUUCCACGCCUUCAGUAAACUCUUCCGCGCCAUCAAGAAUAUGCAAUUAUGGCUUGUUUCACAGUGUAAAUUGUCCAAACAAUGAGAAUGCUUUUGACUGGACCAUUAUAGGACUUAAUAUUGCGACGUCUGUGUGUCUGACGGCUAUUCCUUUUUUCUGGGUUCUCCUGUCAUGCAUGCUUUGCUGCUGCAAAAAAGACGACUCAGACGACAAAUGUGCUGACGGUUGCUGCAGUUGCUACACGUUCUUUUAUGCUGCUGGAGGUAUCCUGGGCUUUGCGUCAACUUUGAUUGUGGUUUCAAAAUUUGAUCACAACCAGUUGGGAUGGUCUUUCUUUCUGACAGUUGUAUCAUCUUCAGUGAUUCUGUUGCAGCUAGUGCUUUUAGUCACCUACUUUGUUUGUUCUCGAAAAAUGAACGAAAAAUGCACAGUAUUCCUUGUCUACAGAAGACGGCAUUCAAACUAUUACGUUUAA